UUAAGCUGGACACUGGUGGGGUGUCCCAUGGGCGGAUUCUGAGUUCAGUGCCAUUUAACAUCAUCAUUAAUAACCUGAACAGUGAGAUGGAGCACACCCUCCACAAUCUGGCAGAUGAUUUCCAGUGGCACCUUCUAGCGUCAGCCAUUCUGUGAAUGUGUUGUAUCUUCACCAUUUGAUUUGUCUUGAAAAAUUCAAUUACUGCUCUUUCAAAGUCUAAAAUCCAGCUCAUGCCAAAUCAAGAGAAGAGAUGCCAGGUACAAAGGGUGGGCUGUGUGGGAGCAGGUGUAAGAUGAGUAUGAAAGAUCAAAUAGCUCCCGAGGAAUAAGGAACAAUGUGAAGAAAACAGUGAAAUACCCAAUCUUUGAAGUGAAGCAGGACGUUGUUGCAAUGUAACUUGACUGCAGUAUGAUGAGAGGUAUGACAUGGUGCCAUUUUCCUUUUUUAGGAAAAAGGUAAUGUAUUCCCUAAAACAUUUCUGGAAGCUAUGUGGUCAAAAAUUGAAAGAUAUACUUCUACUGGAUGAUCAGUUGUUUAGUAUGAAACAUUUGUGUCAUGACAGUAUCUCUAGAAAGAUAUAGCCAAACCUUAAGCUAUCAAGCCUGUAUUUUUCGUUCUUCUCUGAAGAUGCUAAAUACUAAGAUCAAAUGGAGACUAUAAAUGAAAAGAAACUAUUCAGUCUAUUCUUCCAGUUUUAUUUGGGCCUUCACUGCAGGACUUCCUGGUGAUUUUGUAAAUUCAUCUUUAAAGGUAGUGAAAAGAUUUAAUUUUGUUUUCAUUCACAGACUGUGUACCUUCAAGCAGUUUUUGAAUCUGAAUGUAAUCUUUCAUAGCUUUUUACAGGUCAAACAUCUUUAGGCUUAGGACGUAAAAGAAAAUGCAAGGCCAUUUAACAAGUUUUAAUAAGGAUUGGGAAAGAAUAGUAAGAAUAGUACAGACUCCAAGAUUUAUGUAAUAUGUGAGAUCAACAGAUAACACUUGAAAAUUUUUAUCCAAGCAACCUGUGUUUAGAAAAAUGCUAAAUCAGUCCUAAAAGUUAUUUGAUAAUCUUUUAUUACACGAUGCUGUUAGAUUCAAAUUUAUAAAAAGAUGAAGUGCUGAAUAGGGGAACAUUUGAUGGAUAUUUUUCUGAUUGCAAGUGAAAAGCUCAUUUAUUUUCUUGAUUUAAGUGAAAGCAGGGGUGCAAAGAAAGGUCAGAAAUCUCUAUUCCAGGUACAGGUUUUUCAAAUCUACCUCUUUUAGGCUGCUGCUUUUAUUCAAAGCCCCAUUUGCUUGAUUGUCAAGUCCAACUCUAUCUGUAAUUUUUGUAGCCUUUCAUUAUCUUUCAGCAGGUGUUUCCAAAAGGUCUGACUAUAUAAUUGUUUCUGGGGUACUGACUUACGCUUUAUCUGGUGGAACCUAAAUUUAGUUUUUCUUCUUGUUACCUCAGAAGGUAAUUUACUUCUUUACCAUAAAUAUUUACUUCUUUACCAUAAAUAAUUCUCAAAAUAAUUAAUCCUGUGUGUAACAAAACCCAGUUCUCACAACCUUCAUAUUUAAAACUGGGAGUAAUACUGACAACAAUUUCUUUCUCUAUUGGUGAAUAUAUCUUGUUUUGAAACUAGAGUAAAUACAAUCUUUGUCCACAGUUCAAAGGGAAGGUCAAGGUGGAACAAUAUAUUUUAUUAUAAGAGGGGCAUUGCUAAUUUACCAAGCCAGUGAUAUGAUGAAACUUAGAGACAAGUACUCAGACGCUGUUGUUGCCUAGAGAAAGUGCAGAUAAAGUUUCUGAAUUUGGCAUUCCAAAAUCAUUGUUGACUUGUACAUGUAAGAAGUACAAGAUACAGAAAAUAAAUGGAAAAAGUAAGACUGCUUAUUGAACUGCUACCAGGUAUGUUAGGGACAGACAAGUGCAACACAGAUGAGGAUUUGUAGGUAUGAAAUUUCAUUACAUGAUUAUUGAUGUUUUAGUGAGACAUUUUUGCCUUAUCUGCUGCAGAACCGUCAGACACAGGAAGCAGUGGAAGCAGACAAUUUUUCCCCCUAACAUUUCUACAUCAUUGUACUUGGAAUAAUUUUAACCAGCAUUUUUGUAUCAGUUGCAAAAGGGAAAGUCCAAAUUUGAAUAUUUUUCCUUAUUCUUCUGGAAUCCUUCAAGACUAAAUUGAAUGUUUCAGAACUGAUCUUUAUAACCAUUUGCAUCUUUAGCUUACAGGGUAUGUAAUCAGUACAGGCUUUUUCUGUGCCUUUAGGAAGUUUGUCCUUGUCUGGUGGAAUAUGCAUUUAAUUACAGCACCCAAAACACAUGUCUUCAUAUUGCAUAUUAAUUUCUAAGCUGGAAACAAAGUGGUGCUUUAUGGUUGUAAAUAUGCAAAAUUAUAGCAUGGCUUCUACAGUCUCUAGGAAAAAAUAGUUCAGAAAAUGCAAGUUGUGUUGCAUGUUUUAUAAUAAAAAGAAAAUUAAGUUGUUCUGUUGAUACUGUGUGAUUGCUUAAGGAAACACAGCUUACCUGGGCAUGCUUGUUCUUAGUUUCCUCAAGUGACCUUUGUAUCUGUUAGCAAAUUUCAGGUACAUUUGGUAAAAAGGUGCGGUAUCAAAACAGACCUGAAUAGCAAAUGUCAUAUAGAGGAGGGUGUGUGUUCUGGGAGCAGUGUUUUGAUAGUUGAACCAGGGACAAAUGCUGAAAUACUUUUGUUUUUUCCAGCUUAGAAAUAUUUUUGCUAUUUAAAAUUCUAGGUCAUUUAAUUAAAUUGAUAACUGAAGUAGAAUGGUGUAAUAUAAGUAAUAUAUUACACCAGGAAUGUAAUUUGUAGGUGAUGACUUAUAUCUGUAUGCAUAUAUAUAACACAUUGAGAGAUGAAAAUAUGUCAGCUACUGGGCAGCCUGUAUUAGAUUUCUUCCUUUUCUGUAGCUAUAAAUCUGUUCUUUUGUCCCUAGCCUUUUUUUUCAUGUACUGACUUUUCAAGAUGGCCAAAUACUUGAUGGUGGUGCUGGAAAGAGGAAUGUAAGUAAUCCUUCACUGUUUGAAGGCAAACUCAGGUCAUCUCAGUAGCUACAGUAAACCGGCUGCAGGAACUCUCAUGUCUAUAUAUGUAAAUACAAAUAGGUAAGAGUUCUGCAGAGGAAAGGCAUGCUAGAAACUUCAGAUCUAAUUCCUGCCAUAAAGGUGAUGAGCAGAACUAGCCAGCUGGAAAAAAUACCAUCAUAACUUGUGGUUCUGACCUAAAAGAAGUAUGGAGAACCAGAAGCUUUUUGAUCACAAAUGGACCUUUAGAGUAAGUUUAGUCAAUAAAAACCCUUUAGUAGGAUUUAGUAAAAACCCUUGGGUAUGAUUUUAGAGACACCUAAAUGCAGUUUGAAUUUUAUUUUUGUUGAAUUUUUUUUACUGCUAAGUACUUGUUAAGGUUGUGGGAAAGUUAUUACACCAUGAAAUGCUGUGAGAAGUAGGAACAUGGAUUGUUCAAAAUAUAGGAAAUAGCCAUAACAAGUGUUUUCACUGCAGUCUGCUGUACAAAGAAAAUGCUGUAUUUUGUAUGAAUGAUCUAUAUUCAUAACACAGAGGAAAAGAUGAUAAGGAAACAGUCCUUUGAGUAACUCUAAUCUGGAGAGUUUUAAAGUAACAUGAUGAAUAGGACAUACUUACCCUGUGUAAAAAUUUAUUCUUUAUGAACACCCAACUUCAUCUGUCUUAUUGCAAAUAUGAGUGAUGCAGAAGGAGAUACUUGGGAUAUCGUUUGAAAUACUGUAUUUGUUCUGUGUACAAAAGAGCUCUAACACAGGCAAAGCCCAUGCAACCACUGGAAAGUGCAUAGUAGUAAGUUACAUAGGCUUUUCAUCUUUGGUAUUUUUUCUUAAUCCAGAGCAGGGAGGAGUUGUUUAUAGUCCAUACAGGUAGGAUGAUAUUUAAAUGAAGUAUUAAAGUAUUAUUUAUAAAUAUAAAGUAUUAUUUAAAUGAAAAACAACAACAAAAUAGGGAUUUAAAGGAAAUGGCAAGGGUUAACACUGCUGCAUGUAAACCAAAGAGUAAAUAAGACAAUUUUCUGUCUUUGUGUGAAAGUUUUGGGAUGUGUGAGAUUACCGUACUACUGAAUGCCUGUCACCCCACAGAAACUGUUUCAGUGAAAUUACUUGACAAAAAUGGUACUCAGGGUUUUUAGUAUACAUUUUAAAUCCUUACUUGUGAGACAGAACUUAGAAUUUAAAAGGAAUUAUAUAUAUAUAUAACAACAUAGUACCUAAAAACUAGUUGCAGAGCUUGCUCUCCUCUUGCAUUUGACCCUGAUCUGAUGGGUCCACAGCAUCCAGAGUAAUUCUAACCUAUGCAAAACCCAUAGGAAAUACAUUUCUUCAGGACUGUUCAUGUUGAUGUAUUAAGUUUGUUACUACACUUUUAAAUGAUGUGUUAAUCAUAUUUUAUAUGGUAGAUUUUCCUGCUAUAAUAAUAUUUUUGUCUAUGAUAUCCACCUUUCUUUGCUUUGAGACUUCGUAUAGGAAGUCAUGUCCUGCUGCUUGUGCUGACAUUUCUAGGGAGUGAAAGAGUUGGCCUGAAAAGAGUAAUUAAUUUUUUUUAUUCAGCUUGAAUUCAGUUCUUGUGAAAGUGAUAAAAGUCUGUGUAUUAGGCAGUGUGCAAGCUUUUAAUAAGUUACAUUGCCCCAAGUUGGCAUUAAUUGAGUGACAGCAGUGAAAGAAAAUUUUUGGAGUAUGUUCAGAGUCUAAAAACAUAGUAGUGAGACUAACAGCUUUCAUCAGGCUGAAACAGAGAUAAAAUAUGGUUGAUGGUAACUAGCAGAAGGCCCCCUUGGCAUAGAUACAGCAUCCCUCUAUUUUCCAUCCUAUCCAAAUACUUCCUGUACUUUAAGAUUUUUGGACAUUAGUGCUUUGAUAAUUUAGGGGUUUGUUUUUGUUUGGCUGUUAAUGGUAAUUUUAAUGGCUCUUAUUUUUAAAGAGAAUUUUAUUUAGAUGCUCAAUUUAUUUAUUUUAAAGAACUCUGAGAUGUUCUUUAUAAAAGGAUAAUGAACGGGAAGUAUUACAUUAAAAUAGGCUUUCUUAAUUUUCCAGUGCUUUUUACAAUUCAUGUGUUCUGUCAUCAAAAGGAGUAUUUUAAUGUUUAGAUAUAAUACAUGUUGUGGAGCCAUUAUUUUCACCAGUGUUUGUGGUGGUCUUUUGAUUAUAAUAUAAAGCCCCAAUUAGCUGCAAAAGAAAAUUAACAUCUUUGAAUUUGAGGAAAUAAUUAACUUCAGCAAAGUGCUGAUACUAUCUUUUGAACAAGGUUAUAUUGUCACUGCUAUUGUGCUAGAGUACCAUUUAGUAUUGAAGUAGUCUGUUUUGUCAAAGUGGAAAGAAAAUUGAAUAAUUUUGGAAUGAAAAUGAAAUAAUUUUCUCUAACCCUAAACUGAUCCAAGACAGUUCUGGUCCCUAAGAAUGUAAGGGAUCCAUACCACCUUGAUAGUAAGGAAAUAUUUUGAUGUUGGUUAUGACUGCUUGAAGAUCAACAAGGUUGUUGGAGAUGUGGUGGAAGAAGUAUAAACAUAGAAUCUUUUGUGAGACCUUGAGAUGUGGUGUGAAUUUCGCAAGCCAAGCUGAAGGCUAGUAGGUUUUGCUGCACAGCUUUUCUUGUCAGAGGACUUGACUGGGAAGUGAUAAACCACAUCACUAUAUUGCAAUUUCUACCACUGUGCUGCAAAAAUGCUUCUCUGAGCAGGCUUCAACUUGCUAAGCCCUUGCAGUUGUCUUUCAAAAUAUUUUUGAUUUUUUUCUUCUCAGCAAGACAUUUUUAGCUUACUUGUGUUUCAUGCUUCACAGGCACUUGCUCACAUACAGCUGAAGACAUUCAGUUAUGGUUUUGUAUGAUUGUGGGUUGUGUUUUUUAAAUCUAUAUUGUUUCAUAUAGAUUAUAAUUCCUGUAUUGUUUAGUAUGAUACUUUGAAGUCUAAAAUACAAAGUCAUUCACUAUAAAUCAUAAUAGAAUCAUUGUUGAGGUCAUAGUUGCAAAAGCAAAAUAAUUUAGGGAUAAAAGCCCUUUGCCUAGUAUUGUUCUUUUAAAGUUAACAUGCUAUUUUUUUUUUUUUAUUGAAAGCCAGUAUUAUGUUCUUAUAAAUUAUCAUGGCUCAUCACAGGUCGAAAUGGAUGGCAUGGUCAGUUCUGUAAACUGGUCUCACAGCCAGUAAGGAUGCACAAAUACCUGCAGUUAACAAAUAUCACUGGUGUCACUCAGCCCAUCAUUGUGAAUUCUCUAGAGGAUAAUGUUUUAGGAGCCCAACUCGUAAGUAUUGGGUUAUCCAAAUGAAAAUUGGUUAGGAUUAUACUAACACCUUAUUAAAAGGUACAUUAAGAAGGAUGUGUAAAGAGUAUGAGUCUGUUCAUUAGUAUACAUAGAAAUGUUGUAAAGAGUUAAUAAUGGGGUUGAGGAGGAGGUAGCAUCAACAUUAUAAUACCAUAAUAGGUAAUUCAGAGGAGUUUAGAUUACUCACUGAUACCUAUGUUUAAAAUCAGUUUUUGAAAACUGAUGAUUUCAGAAACAGACUAGUAGCAAAACCUGUGUGGAGUAAUAGUUCCUGCAGACCUGGUUUGAUGCUUAAAGUACUAAGCUAAACUGUCUAAAAAUGUGCAGUUCUUUCCUCACUGCUUUGGUUAGUAAAGCUUAGUGAAAAGAGGGCUUAACACCAAAAUACUUUUCCACGAGCAUGAGACAAUGUCCUAGGAUUUCCAGAUACCUAGUAUAUAAACUUGGAAUAAAUAAUCAUCUCCUGCUCCUAUCAAUAACUUCCUCUGAGCAGCAAAAAUGGUUUUUUCUUUUUUGUCACGUCUCAUGAUGACACGUGGUAUAAUUUUUAUUUUGUUUGCAUUUUUGCCUUCAAACCAGCAAUUCAGAUAAUUUCUGAAGUCUAGUUUCCCCUCUGUGAAAGAACACAAACAAUUUCAGUAUAUGUUAAGAAGCAGUAUGUGACUGCAAUGUUCGUUCAAAGUAGUAGUCCUGCCAAAAGGAUGUGAAGAAAAUGCAUGGCUGGUAACCUUAACAUGAAUCAAUAGCCUUACACAGUGAGUCAGGGUGCCAUACUGGGAUCAUACAAAGUGGAAGAUGCUGUGCAAGGCAUGUAAAACAAUCCCUCCACUGCAUUUAGCCUUAGUAAAGCCUCAGCAGGAGCAGUGUGUAAUUUGGAACCCUGGAGUUGAAAGAAGUAGGUGGCCCAAGGUGGAACAGCUAGAGAAAAUCAGCAAGAAUGAGCAUAGAUCCAGAAAAAAAACAUAGCCUACUAGGAAACACAGAGCAGGCAAGAGUUUUUGGGGUUUUUUUUAAAUCUGGGUGAUAGGACUGAAGAGAGAUGUUUGUCCCAGGAAGUGUAAGAAGGAAGUCGAGGAGUGGUUGUCUGUGCUUUCUGCUAAUGACGAAGAGAAGAGGCCAGGGGACUAACCUUUUCUGUUGUGUUAGAAGGAAAGGAAAAACACUGCAAUGGAGAAGAGUGAAAGAGAGAAGAUUGCAUGGGAAUUGUGCAACUUUCAUCACCAGAGACUUCAGAAUAAGAGUGAAUGUGAGCAAUACUGUGUGAGAUCAGGCAGAUGCGUGAAGGUGACUGUCUCAAGUUCUUCACAGAUCUAUGAACCUCUUUAGGGUUUUUACCUCCCUUGGUUGAAAUUAGCCUGCUUUUUAUAAUUUCAUUUUGCAUUUUGCAAAUAAUUUUUAAAUUAGAAAUACCUAAAUAUGUAUCAGUGGGAAUCUUUAUUCUCUUUUCAGCAGUAAUUGUGAUUAAAUACACAAGAUGAAGAUUUGUCUAAGAAUCAUAAGGAAGAGUCCUACAAAGCCAAAUAUAGGACAAAAUAAGAUUUAGUGCUGUGCCGUGGUCACAAGGUCAUUCUUUCAUGAGAAUGAAUUCUCCUCCAGCUGCUGAGGUGGGUUUGGGAGUAGAAAGAAGGAGGAGGGAAGAUUUUUCUUUAAUUUAGUUGUUUAGGGGAUUGCCAGACACUUUUGUUGGUCUCUGUAAUACUCAGCUGUACAUCACUGCAUGGCUCUUCACAUUUGGUUUAGGAUCAUAACAGGUUUCUUAUUUGCAUUUGUCUGGCAUGCUCAAAUUAUUUUACUGAAUGACAAAAGUAAUGAUGCCUUUAUUAGUAUGGAAAUUAGGGACUUUAAGUUGGUAAUUUGUAGUUAUUAAAAGGUAUAGCUUCUUUAGAGUGUUUUCAGAAUACAGUACAAGAAUUGCUAAAAUAUUUUGAUUCACUUGCUCAGCCCAAGUGAUUUGAAUAAGCAGUUUCAACUUCAAUUUUCUCUGGAUAAUUAGAAUUAAACUGAAAAUUAACGAAUUAAACUAAUGCUUAUCCAAAUUUCUCCCUUCUGUUUCUAAUGACUGCUUUUUUUUCUUUGCAAAUAAACUUCUAAUGUGUAAUGAGAUGCCCAGAGAGACAAAUCUGGGGAGUUGUUCAGGUUUCUUUUUCCUCCAGAUAGUGGACUUGAUUAAAAGAUGCGUAACAAUAAUUCCUGACACAUAUAUUCACUUUGGUUAGUGGACUUUGGUGUUUUUCAGCGAUUCUUCAAAAUAUAUAGUAUUUAGGUGUAUCAAUACUAUCCCUAUACUGAUUUCUAGUGGAUAUCCCCCUGUUAAAUUUAAGUUGAAUGGUCUUGUUAGGAAAAUGUUUUGAACUAAAAAUGUUGUUCCAGUCUAUGCAUACAACGAUUUUAGAAAUUAGAGCCUCCAGAAUAAGAUGUCUAAUUUACUUUUUUUUUUAAGUGUGAUGUACUUUUACAGUGAUAUUAGUACAUAAAUAAUUUUGUCUGUAGGAAAAAUCUUGUGUUCCAAACAGAGCUAUUUCAGUGAAGGACUUGUGACUUCAGAAAAUGGUGAACUGAAUAUUCCAGACCAACUGAGGGUUCUUUUAAAUUUUGCAGCUUUAGAAUACUCCUACACAGAUUUCUAAAUUGUCUCUAUUGUUGAGCAUAUUCUGUAACUUCUGAAAUUUGAGUGUGAAUCAAGCUGUUGAUACUUACUUUGCUGACUAGUGCUGUCUUACUGUGCUUUCUCAUCUCUACCUGCCUUGACCUUAGGGUAGAAGAUUUUUGGUGUGGAAAUUGUUACUCAGUGCUGUACUGAUUAGUCAUCUGGUAUAAUGCAGUCUUUGUGUGAAUAGGACUUCUUGUCCUUACCAAAAUACAAACAGUAAAAUAUUUUAAGGUGAAAGUAUAAUGAGGAUGUUAAAAGCAUUUUUGUAGAGUAUUCUCAACCUGUGAACUUGAAGGGGGGAAACGGUACUUUAUGUAUUAUGUCCAUGUAUUACAUAUCUGAGAAAUUUUAGCACCUGUGUAAUGUAUUGUUAGCCCUAAUGAAAACAUUGGUGUAGCCUAACACCCCAUAUAUAUUGAAGCAGGUUUUGUAAAAUAUGUGGUUAUGUUCUUUGAGUCACAGUGUAGCAAUAGAAAGAUUUCUUUGGUAAAAUUAUGUGUUUUCAUACCUAGCAGAUUGAAUUGCCAUAAAGUUCAGCACUAACUAUGAAUUUAAAGAUGUAUGCUGUUUGUUUAUUUCUAGGACUUUUGUUGAAGCAAUCUAAAUGGAAUGCUUUGAGAGCUGUGUGCCCACAUUCUACAUUUUUUAAUGCUGAAGCAGUACUUAAUCUGGAAUGUAUGCUUUUGUUUAAAAAAAAAAAAAGCAAAAGGGGGUGGUGGAGGUGUGGGGAGCAAUUUCUUCUGGAAAUCACAGAGAAACCUGCUAAUAUUUUAGUUAUGGGUGAAGGUCCUGAGCGAGGAAGAGUAAAAAUUGCUGACAUGGGCUUUGCCCGAUUAUUUAAUUCACCUCUGAAGCCUUUAGCAGACUUGGAUCCAGUAGUUGUAACCUUCUGGUAUCGAGCUCCAGAGUUGCUUCUUGGAGCAAGGCAUUAUACCAAAGCUAUUGAUAUUUGGGCCAUAGGGUGUAUAUUUGCAGAGCUGCUAACAUCAGAGCCAAUAUUCCAUUGUCGACAAGAAGAUAUCAAAACUAGUAAUCCUUAUCACCAUGACCAGCUGGACAGAAUAUUCAAUGUAAUGGGAUUUCCUGCAGAUAAAGAUUGGGAAGACAUAAAAAAGAUGCCAGAACAUUCAACCUUAAUGAAAGAUUUUCGGAGAAACACGUAUACCAACUGCAGCCUUAUCAAAUAUAUGGAAAAACAUAAAGUUAAACCAGAUAGUAAGGCAUUCCACUUGCUUCAGAAAUUGCUCACUAUGGAUCCAAUAAAGAGAAUUACCUCAGAACAGGCUAUGCAGGAUCCUUACUUCUUGGAAGAUCCUCUUCCCACGUCCGAUGUUUUUGCAGGUUGUCAAAUCCCUUACCCAAAACGAGAAUUUUUAACAGAAGAAGAACCAGAUGAUAAAGGAGACAAAAAGAACCAGCAGCAGCAGCAGGGCAAUAACCAUACUAAUGGAACUGGUCAUCCAGGGAACCAAGACAACAGUCACACACAGGGACCCCCACUGAAAAAAGUGAGAGUUGUUCCUCCUACCACUACCUCAGGUGGACUUAUUAUGACCUCAGACUAUCAGCGUUCCAACCCCCAUGCUGCCUACCCCAACCCCGGACCAAGCACAUCGCAGCCACAGAGCAGCAUGGGAUACUCAGCUACCUCCCAGCAGCCGCCGCAGUACUCGCACCAGACCCACCGGUACUGAGCUGCACCCGGUGCCGUCGAUGCGCUGUCGCUGAUGCUGCAGGACCGGCCGCAGCUGCGUGCCAGGAGCCCGGCUUGGGCCAGAGAAUGUACUGUACAACCACACCUCCCACCUGUCCCACCGCCACGAGCCACCCCCUGCCACGGGGCCGAGGGGGGGCUCCCACGUUGUACCUGGUUUUGGGUUAGACUUGAAAAGAAAGUGCUAGCACGGUUUGUGUUGUGGAUAUGCUACUUCUGUAGUUUACUUGACAUGGUUCAGACUGACCGAUGCAUUUUUUUCAGUGACAGUCUGUAGCAGGUGAAGCUGUGAAAUGUGCUAGGGGCAAGCAUUUUUGUUGUCGUAUGUGGUGAAUUCUCUUGAUGUAACAACUUCAUCUGACCAAUAGUACAUGACAUCUUUAAACUGGUACUUGAAGCAUACAGUAUAUGUUACCACGGCAAAAAAGCAAACUAACCGUAACUCUCAGACAGUUUUGAUAGACAUUUAUUUUUAGUGACUUUUGUGGGUUGGUUCAUUUUCCAGCUAGAUCGAUGUUUUAUGACCGACAUGAUUGCUACAAUGAGAUUUUUUUAAGAACAUGGAAGCGUUCGCAUUUUUUCCCAGCAAUUACAAGCGUCCCAAAGAUUUAUUUCCAACAUAAGUUUUUGUUUUUGUUUUGAAAUCUAUGACUUGACUGGUAUUAAAGCUGCUAUUUGAUAGUAAAAUAAGUAUGUUGUCAUUGAUAUAAACAUGUUUGGUUCAGCAAACAAACUAAAAUGAUUGUCACAGACAGUGUUUUAUUUUUUUCCUGUUGGUGUUAAUGAUUUGUGAGCAUGCUUUGGGAUUAAAAAAGCAUGAGUGAUAUUUCCUAAAAAGGUGCGGCAUCCAUUCAGAUAUUUUGUCAUGAUUUUUGAGAACCAGCUUGGUGUAGUGGAUUUUAAAUUUUGUUCAGUUAAUUUUUUUUAAUGUUCGCACGUUGUUUAGGGGUGCCAUUCCUACUGCAGAGGAACAAGAUGUUAGGAGAGCCUUAGAAUUUAUGAGGAAAAACUUACAUACAAUGUACUGUAUCAAACUAUUUUACAUGAAUGACACAAGUAUUCUGAGUAAAAAAAAAUCAAGCAUUGUUAAAACAAGGUGUUAUGUAAUAAAUUUAUUUUUCAUAAAUCUG